CUUGUAUCUUCUUGUUGGUUUUUUUUUGGUCCCUGCUACCUUCUUGCUUUCGGACACCUGGUUUUCAAUCUCCAAUCUGAUCAAAGAUUAGAUUUUUUUCUUUAAUGCAGUCUUGUCACGAACCCUUCAAUUCUCUGCAAGCGGAUCAGAAUUGAAAAUCCCAUUGGUAAGUUUCUUUCUCUUUAAUUUUGAGCGGCUGAGUCAUCUUCUUGCCCAGACUUCCCUGUGCCAUAAUGGUCAAACCAAGCAAUAAAACAAUCCAAAAUCAAUAAUUAAAUAGAGGAAAUGAAGUGUUUCAUGCCCUGCAUUGCUGAAACUAAGGAAGAAGAAGAAUCAAGAACAGUGAAGCCAAAUUUGGCUACCCCUUCACCUUCUGCCUUUCUUGAUGAGCAUGAUCUUGCCUCUACUUCUCUGAAUGCCUCAGACACCACCACCAGUACAGAAUCUUCCAGGAGCAGGAAUACCCAGUUUCCUAAUUCAUCCAAACGCUCCUCAGACCUCAGGCAAUUUACAUUCUUAGAACUGAAAGAAGCAACAAAAAAGUUUAGUAGAUCAACCAAGAUUGGGGAGGGUGGGUUUGGAUCUGUCUACAAGGGAACAAUUAGGAGUUCUGAAGAUCCAUCUAGACAAGUUGAUGUGGCCAUAAAACAACUUAAUAGCACUGGAAACCAGGGACAUAAAGAAUGGGUGACAGAAGUUAAUGUUCUUGGAGUGGUUGAACACGAGAACCUUGUCCAAUUAAUUGGCUACUGCGCGGAGGAUGGUGAACGGGGAAUCCAGCGCCUUCUGGUGUAUGAAUAUAUGCCUAACAGCAGUGUGGACAAUCAUCUAUCAGCUAGGUCAGAAACAACUCUUUCAUGGGCCACGAGGUUAAGGAUAGCUCGAGAUGCUGCUCGUGGCUUAGCAUAUUUACAUGAGGGCAUGGAAUUUCAGAUCAUCUUCAGAGAUUUCAAAUCAGCAAACAUUCUCCUAGACGAGCAAUGGAACGCAAAACUGUCGGACUUUGGGUUAGCUAGGCUGGGCCCUUCAGAAGGACGUUCUCAUGUCUCAACCGCAGUAGUUGGAACAUUGGGAUAUGCUGCUCCUGAAUAUAUCCACACGGGUCAUCUUUCUUCAAAGAAUGAUGUGUGGAGCUAUGGGAUGUUCCUCUAUGAGCUAAUAACAGGCAGGCGACCACUGGAUCGGAGUCGCCCUAAGCGUGAGCAGAAGCUCUUGGAAUGGGUAAAGCAAUACAUAUCAGAUCCUAAGAAGUUUCAAACGAUAAUAGAUCCCAGGCUUAAAGGGGAGGAUGUCCUAGGUUCUGCUCAGAAACUCUCUCAUGUUGCCAACCGCUGUUUGGAAAAACGCCCAAAGUUACGCCCGACCAUGACUGAAGUCCUCGAAAUGGUUACUCCUAUUGCAGAAGCACCGAUAGGGAUGGACAAUUCCAAGCGGCCUAUUGUAGUAGCAGAAGAAGACACUUGUAGAAAUGGUAAAAGGACAAUCAAACCAAAUAAAGUAUUGGGUGGUUGGUUGGUGAGAAUAGCGUCACUAAAGCGUCGAAAGACAGUCAUCUGAGCCCUUCGGUGGAGGCCAAUUUGGGGUCGGAUUUGUGCUGAAUGAAUCAAUGAACGAUGGUAGUGCCCGAGUGUUAACUGUUUUGCUUCCAUCCUUCCGCUGUUUACUACAACUAUAUAUAUGUAUAUAUAUUAUUCCUGCAGAGAAGCAGCAGCUGCUGAUCUAGAUCAUGUACUAUACUCGUGUUCUUUUUCUAUCCAUAUCUGGCAAUACUAUGUGAACAUCUUACUGGACAGUCAUAGGAAUAUAUCUAACCUUAGAGUCUUAGACUAUGCUUCAUUUCUUGGUGGCCUUCCUCUUCCAAGAAGACAAUGACUGGUCUGUAUGUUUCGGUAAUCACAUGGUAUAAUUGGAUAGCUUACUGUGAUUACACACGGGGGCAGGAUACUCCACGUCCCACAGUGAUAUCGUGGUGUAAGAGUGUUUUUCAGCAAAAGCUUGCCAGCAAACGUAGUGUGCUUAAACAACAUAAUCUAUUCUCAAAAAGUUUCCUCUUGCCUGUACCCGACUGCAGAGCUAUCGAUAUGGUAAAAGCCACUACUAGCAGUCUGGCAGCUAUAAGAUUAAUGUAGCUGUCUUUUAUAAAGAUCAGCAAGUAUUAAGAUAGCUAAAUGUUACUCUUUCAAAGCAGAGUCAAAACUAGUGUACGCAGCACUGGCUUUCAUGACGGCAAGUCGGCAAUCCUAAGGUGUUUGAUAGAAGGCCUAAGAAAACCUAUAAUUCGAUUUGAAUCCAAUCUUAUGCUUAAGAUAAAAACUGUUUGUAUAUUAACAUCCAUUUGUAGUUUUGAAAAUACAAUUUUUUUAUCAGUGAAUAUCCUUUUACUCCGUAAUAGGCAAAAUAUGUUUUGUCCAGGCAAUUCACAUGUACUCCCGUAACUUAAAAAUC